CUGGCCUCAAACUCAUAGAGAUCCACCUACAAAGUACAGAGAACAAAGGCAUAUGCUGUCCUGCCCAGCAUGACAGGCAGUUUUACAAAGGAACACGCUACACCACACAUGAACUGCUAAGUGAAAGAAGCCAAGCACAGCAGGACCACAGUGUAUUCCAUGCGCUAUAAUGAUGCCAUAAGGUUGGGUCACCGGAAUCAGACUGGUAGCGACAGAAGUAAAAUGGAGGGUACCAGGGGAGAGGCAAGGUGGGGAGUUCGUGUUUGAUGAGUGCAGAUCUGGUUUGAGAAAUGAAAAGGUUGCAGAGAUAGUGGGGAGGGCUGCAUAGUCAUGUUGAUAUCCUUAAGGCCACUGAACCAAGCACUUAAGCUAUUGGGAUAGCAAUCGUUAACCACCAUUUGGAAAGAAAAAACAUCAAAGAAGAGUAGAUCGUCUAUUAGGUAAGGUUGAUACAUGAGAACAAUGAGAAGGGUCAAGGGAAGGCCUUGACUCAGAGUUAACUAAGUGCUCAAGAAGGCCUGAGUAAUAUGUGCCUACACAGAGGCUCGCAGGAGGAGCUUGUGAGGUGCAAACCCCUGAGGGAAGAGGUGGGCCCCAGUCUGGACAGCAUGAAUAAGAGGCUGGGAGGCCACUGGGGAUUGAACUGCGGGAGGCAAGAUGUCCCUACAGGUUUGUGGUGGGUCCCCAGGUCCUGCUCCUACAGGAGCACGGGAAGCUGGGAGGCAAGGAAAGGCUUUGCAGGAAGAGGACAGGCCUGUCCUCAGCAGCACCUGCCCUUUCAGGAUAGAGCAACAGGGGUCAAGCUUGACAGCCGCCCCUCAGAGUGAGGCAUUGUUUGUACCUGAGUGCACCAUCCCUUUCUGUAGAAGGCAGUACUGCAUAUCCCUGUGAAUCUGCUCCUGGACACCUCAGCUCACCUCUCUACUUCAUUUGUGGUGCUGAACACUCUAGAACUGUGUGAGGAACUUCCACACUGCACCAUUCCCACCAAGAACUGCCCCACUGUACCAUUCAGGGAGUUAACAGCAAGCAAAGAUCUGCACAUGCUCAGUACAGACGCGGUUCUUUUUCCUCAAUAUUUUCCAUUUCAGGCUGUGGUUAGCUGACUCUCUGGAUGUGGAAACCACAGAGAUUGAGGCCACCUGUGCCUUGUGGCUGUGUUUAAAUUUGCCCUAUUCAUUGGCAUCUCCAUGGCCACCUUACUGUCAUCCCACACACACUAGGCAGGUUGCUGUGACGGGGGCCGGAGAGCAAUAGUGUACUCUGUUUCUCAUUUCUGCUGUCUUGACUUUGAGGCAAAUAGCUCUUUGCUUGGCCAGCACCGGAGGUCCCAGGAGAAUGAGCUUGUACAACCAACCCCCCGACACCACGGGCCUGGGACCAGCCUUGCUGGAUGAGCCCGGGAAAGCCACUUUAUCCUCUAUAAGUGUGUCCUUACGCAUCUCCUAAGGGAGAGGGUGGUUUCAGAGUGUGGUCUGGGUUACCACGAGACCCUCCAUGCACUGGGAGUCUGGAGCACAGUGGGGGACGGGGGCCAGUCUCCCUAAGUGCUGGACGCUCAACCUAGCCUGGAACCAAGGUUGCAUAACCACAUAGGGUUCUGCCGACGCACAGAGAUGAUAAGGAAGUUCCAAUCCCACAGCCCCUACCCAGGCAUUCUGGGAUGACAUCAGGAGUUGCUGGGGGAGACGGGCGAAGGGAGUGGUUCUAGAACAGGGCAGAGAGGAGGAUCCAGGCCUGAGGUUCAGACUCUUGUCAUUAUGGAGUCUAAGGAGCCUACUCCCCAGCUGCUACCCGUUUGGUUCCCUGAGAGCCCCACCACAUACCCUCUGUCCUUCUAGAUAGGCCUUGGCCCAGGCUGCAGUCAGAAGCCUCCCCCACAUCCCAGACAGCUCAGAAUAUUAUUCUGCCGUGAAGGGAAUGAAGCAACCGACACAGGUUACUCCUUUGUGUGAACUUUGAGAAAGAACGUGAUAAGUGACAGAAGCCUGACCCAAAGGGCUGCAUGCACUUUGUAAUUCCGUUUCUAUGAAGCACCCAGAGCUAGCAUGUCUGGAUGCAGUAGACUAGUGGCGGUCAGGGCCUACCGAGAAGCAGUAACGAAACGGCUCCCCAUGCGUCUCCGUCUCCUUUCGGGGUUGGCUGACAGAUGAAGGUGGCAGUUGUACCACACCGUGGAUAGACUUCACGCCACUGAUUCACGCUCUCAAUCGAUAAAUACGGGUCUUCAGUGAAUUCUGUCAUGGUUAUUUAAGGAAUCUUGCCUAGAAAGUCCCCACAAGCACGAAGUCCCCUGCCGCCCAGAAGGCGUGGACUCCAAGAUGAUCAUAAAGGAAUACCGGAUUCCCCUGCCAAUGACUGUGGAGGAAUACCGCAUCGCCCAGCUGUACAUGAUACAGAAGAAGAGCCGGAACGAGACCUAUGGACAAGGCAGCGGAGUGGAGAUCCUGGAGAACCGACCCUACACAGAUGGUCCUGGGGGCUCCGGGCAGUACACCCACAAGGUGUAUCAUGUGGGCAUGCACAUUCCUGGCUGGUUUCGCUCCAUCUUGCCCAAAGCAGCCUUGCGGGUGGUGGAGGAGUCCUGGAACGCCUACCCCUACACCCGAACAAGGUUCACCUGCCCCUUUGUGGAGAAGUUCUCCAUUGACAUUGAAACCUUUUAUAAGACAGACACUGGGGAAAACAAUAAUGUGUUCAACCUGUCUCCUGUGGAAAAGAACCAGCUGAUAACAGACAUCAUCGACAUCGUCAAGGAUCCUGUGACCCCCAGUGAGUACAAGACAGAAGAAGACCCCAAGCUCUUCCAGUCGAUCAAGACUCGCCGGGGACCUCUCUCUGAAAACUGGAUUCAGGAGUACAAGAAGCGGCUCCUCCCCAUCAUGUGCGCCUACAAGCUCUGUAAGGUGGAGUUCCGGUACUGGGGCAUGCAGUCCAAGAUCGAGAGGUUUAUCCAUGACACAGGCUUGCGGCGGGUGAUGGUGAGGGCCCACCGGCAGGCCUGGUGCUGGCAGGACGAAUGGUAUGGGCUGACCAUGGAGAAAAUCCGAGAGCUGGAGAAGGAGGUACAGCUCAUGCUGUCCCGCAAAAUGGCCCAGUUUUCGGAGGAAGGACCAUCAGAACUAAGCAAGGAGAGUACAAUCAAGGACCAGGCAACUGGAGCAACUCCUGAACCCAGCAGCAGCAAUGGGGAGUCUCUGGGGCGGGGUCUGAAGAAGCAGUGGUCCACCUCCUCCAAGUCCUCAAGGUCCUCCAAGCGCGGAGCCAGCCCCUCCCGGCAUAGCAUCUCAGAGUGGAGAAUGCAGAGUAUCGCCAGGGACUCUGACGAAAGCUCAGAAGAAGAGUUCUUCGAUGCACAAGAAAACCUGCAGCACAAGGAGGAAAUGUACACCAAGGACAUCACCAAGUGGAGCUCCAAUGACCUCAUGGACAAAAUGGAGAAUCCAGAGCCUGAGGAAUCACAGGACUCUCUCUACCACCAGAGUGGCUCUGAGUUCAGGGUGGCCUCCAGUGUGGAGCAGCUGAACACCAUCGAGGAUGAGGUGAGCCAGCCACUAGCCACACCACCCUCCAAGAUUCACGUGCUGCUGCUGGUGCUGCAUGGAGGCACUAUCCUGGACACGGGAGCGGGUGACCCCAGCUCCAAGCAGGGUGACACCAACACUAUCACCAAUGUGUUCGACACCGUCAUGCGUGUGCACUACCCCAGUGCCCUAGGCCACCUAGCCAUCCGCCUGGUGCCCUGCCCACCCAUCUGUGCCGAUGCCUUCGCCCUCGUCUCCAACCUCAGUCCCUAUGGCCAUGAUGAGGGCUGUCUGUCUAGCAGCCAGGACCACAUCCCCCUGGCUGCUCUGCCCCUGCUGGCCACUUCCUCACCCCAGUACCAGGAGGCAGUUGCUACAGUGAUUCAGCGGGCCAACCUGGCCUAUGGAGACUUUAUCAAGUCCCAGGAAGGCGUGACCUUCAACGGACAGGUCUGCCUGAUUGGAGACUGUGUCGGGGGCAUUCUGGCGUUUGAUGCCUUGUGCUACAGUGGCCAGCCAGUGUCUGAGAGCCAGAGCAGUAGCCGCCGGGGCAGUGUGGUCAGCAUGCAGGACGCUGACCUGCUGUCCCCGGGCAUCCUGGUGAAUGCAGCACACUGCUCCGGUGGUAGUGGCGGUGGCAGUGGUGGAGGCUCCAGCCUGGAGAGCAGCCGGCAUCUGAGCCGUAGCAACAUUGACAUCCCCCGAAGCAACGGCACGGAGGACUCCAGAAAGCAGAUGCCUCGCAAAAGGAGCGACUCCUCCACCUAUGAGCUGGACACCAUCCAGCAGCACCAGGCCUUCCUGUCCAGCCUCCAUGCCAGCGUACUGAGGAAUGAACCCAGCUCCCGCCGCUCAAGCAGUUCCACGAUGCUGGACGGUGCCGGGGCCCUGGGCAAGUUUGACUUCGAGAUCGCCGACCUCUUCCUCUUCGGGUGCCCACUGGGGCUAGUCCUAGCCUUGAGGAAAACAGUCAUCCCCUCCCUGGAUGUUUUCCAGCUGCGGCCAGCGUGUCAGCAAGUGUACAACCUCUUCCACCCUGCGGACCCUUCAGCCUCCCGCCUGGAACCGCUGCUGGAGCGGCGUUUCCACACCCUGCCGCCCUUCAACAUCCCUCGAUACCAGCGCUACCCGCUGGGGGAUGGCUGUUCCACACUGCUGGUCGAGACCGUGCAGAGAAACCCAGAGCUGGUCCUGGAGGGCGGCCCCCUGGCCCCCCUUCCCCACGGGGAUAGCUUCCUGGAGACCAGUAUCCCUGUUCCCGCGCUCACCUGGCAGGAUGGGCCCCGCCAGAGCCUGGGCUGUUCUGAGUCGGAUGCGCUCCAGACCCACAACACAGUCUUCCAAGAGCAUGCAGCCCCCUCGUCACCCGGCACAGCCCCUGCUAGCCGUGGCUUCCGCAGAGCCAGUGAGAUCAGCAUCGCCAGUCAGGUGUCAGGCAUGGCGGAGAGCUACACAGCAUCCGGCAUUGCCCAGAAGGGUCCCUCGUCGCUCAACCACACCCCCAGCAUCAGGCGCCUAUCCUUGCUCGCCCUGCCCCCCCCAUCCCCUACCACCCAGGGUCCCCGUGCCAGGGCAAGGCAGGUGAGCCCCAACCUGGAGAGGGGCCCCUGCCUCCCUGACUUGGACAUCGGAGAAGUUGCUGCCAAGUGGUGGGGCCAGAAGCGGAUUGACUACGCCCUGUACUGCCCCGACGCCCUCAUGGCCUUCCCCACAGUGGCCCUGCCCCACCUCUUCCAUGCCAGCUACUGGGAGUCAACCGAUGUGGUCUCCUUUCUGCUGAGACAGGUCAUGCGGCACGACAGCGCGAGCAUCCUAGAGCUGGACGGCAAGGAGGUGUCCGUGUUCACGCCUUCGCAGCCCAGGGAGAAGUGGCAGCGCAAGAGAACCCACGUGAAGCUCCGGAACGUGGCAGCCAAUCACCGGAUCAAUGAUGCAGUUGCCAAUGAGGACGGCCCACAGGUUGUGACAGGCCGGUUCAUGUACGGGCCCUUAGACAUGGUCACCCUGACUGGGGAAAAGGUGGAUGUGCACAUCAUGACGCAGCCGCCCUCAGGUGAGUGGCUGUACCUAGACACUCUAGUGACCAACAGCAGUGGGCGUGUCUCCUACACGAUUCCAGAAACACACCGCCUGGGGGUGGGCGUGUACCCUAUCAAGAUGGUGGUCAGGGGAGACCACACAUUUGCCGACAGCUACAUCACUGUGCUCCCCAAGGGCACAGAGUUUGUGGUCUUCAGUAUCGAUGGCUCCUUUGCGGCUAGCGUGUCCAUCAUGGGCAGCGACCCCAAGGUGCGCGCCGGGGCUGUGGACGUGGUGCGACACUGGCAGGACCUGGGCUACCUCAUCAUCUAUGUGACCGGCCGGCCGGACAUGCAGAAGCAGCGGGUGGUGGCAUGGCUGGCUCAGCACAAUUUCCCUCACGGUGUGGUGUCCUUCUGUGAUGGCCUGGUGCACGACCCGCUGCGCCACAAGGCUAACUUUCUGAAGCUGCUCAUCUCUGAGCUGCACCUGCGCGCGCAUGCGGCCUACGGCUCCACCAAGGAUGUGGCCGUCUACAACUCCAUCAGCCUUUCUCCCAUGCACAUCUACAUUGUGGGCCGCCCCACCAAGAAGUUGCAGCAGCAGUGUCAGUUCAUCACAGACGGCUACGCGGCCCACCUGGCCCAGCUCAAGUACAAUCACCGGGCGCGGCCAGCGCGGAACACAGCAACGCGCAUGGCUUUGCGCAAGGGCAGCUUCGGUCUGCCUGGCCAAGGUGACUUCCUUCGCUCCCGGAAUCACCUGCUCCGCACCAUCUCGGCUCAGCCCAGUGGGCCCAGCCAUCGGCACGAUCGGACACAGACCCAGAUGGACUUGGAGCAGCGGGGCCAGCGCAGCAUGAGCAUGGCGGCCAGUUGCUGGGGCCGUGCCAUGGCAGGCCGGCUUGAACCCGGGGCAGCCACAGGACCCAAGUAGGACCCCCUCAGGAGGCGCUGUGGUCUCCAUGGUGCUAGGCCAGGGCACCGGCCCUCCUGGGCACACGUAGGUGGCUGGGGACACAGACAGGACCUGAGAGCUUGUCCCGGGGCCUCUUGGAAGACAGCCAUGCCAACCCAGUCCUCCCAGCCUUGCCCAAUGCCCUAGGCUCUGAGGAGCCCAGCUAGUCAUGGAAACUGGCAGGAGGUCCAGCCCAUGACGGAAGAGGAACCAGGAUCGGCCACUUAGCCCAGCCUGGGAGGCAUUCCUGGACGUCUUGCUCUGUGUUGAUCUCUCAGCCUCCUGGUGGCAGGCAUGGGUCUUGGCCUUGCCUGUCACCUCCCUGUCCACUGGCGCCCCUUCCCAUUUGGCAGCAGCUCCAAUGGGGUCUAACCUGCUUCUUGUUGACUCCAGUUUUCAACUGUCCAACCUCACUGGUUUUGCACUGGUUUUUGAGAGUGGAGACCCGUUACCACCUCCUGGCUCCAGACAUGUUGACAUGCAUGAAAAUCCAGUCUCUGCUGAUCCAGGGCCUGUCACCACACAGAAUAUUCCAGUGUGGAAAGUUUUCACGCAAGCAGGAGAGAAAGGCCAUACCUUAGUUUCUGCUGCCUGCCUGGGCUGCCGACACCACAGCAGCCCGAUGGCAGUCCCAGACUGCUACCCACCUGUCCACCUGCCCCACCCAGAGCUCAGUGCAGUCCCAGAGCCGAUGUCACUCCGGGCCCUGAGCACAGCACAGGUGUGAGGCCAGGAAAGUGCACGGCUGGCUCUUCGUAGCCCACCUUGGGCAGCUGGACCUGAAGAGGCCUGGCCUCCACCUCUACUCCUCGCCGGCCAUGGGCGGGGACCCCGUGCCAUGGCUGCUGCCCACCGUGUUUCUACGCCUUUCUACUUCUCCAUCCGGUUUCUAUAAGGUUUUUUUUAACAGGCAAUCCUGGGCUGCUUCCUUUUCUUAACUCAGUGUCAGCGCAGCCUGCUACAUUAGGAACACCCAGCACUGUGACAGGGUCCCACUCAGUCUGGCCUGUGGGCCCUGCACCUGGCCCACUUGGCAAGGUGUGGGUUUCUUGCCUCACCUGACCCACAAUUCCACCGACUUCCUACUCUGGUGUGGGUGGGGCUCUUAGGUUUUCUUAAUGCCAUUCUGUUUUAAUGUCGACUCCAAGAAGCCACAGCUCACAUGUCAGCCUGAGGGCGUACAGCCAUUUUAUUUCUCUCCAAACAAGGAUGGGCAUCUUACACGCUGGGUCUGGGCCCUGCCUUCCGCACAGCACUGACCACGACCCUACUGCACCUUCUGUGUUGGCUGAGCUCACGGAGCUCAGGCCUCCUGUCCAGUGACGGGGCUCUGCUUGAGUAGCUGCCAAGCUGGACUCAGACUCAGGGCCCCGUGGCUGGGUCAAGAGGCGUAUAGGAGACACUGACUUUGCUGUGUAGUUACGUACAGCACAGGGGCGUGGGAUUCCCGCCACGGCCGGUCUACACGGGAAGAAAGCUAUUUAUUUUGUGCAGAGGAAAAAAAAAUGUCUGGAGGGGUGAGGCCUUCAGGGUCUCCUCAUCCAUGUAGCUUUGUGCUGUUCCCAGCGUUCUGUAUAAAGCAGUGAUUAUCUUAUGGACCAAGAUUCCAUGGAGCUGUCACGGUAAAAGUGCAAUAUUUGCCCCACCACUCCCACAGGAAGCUGCUGGCCCGACAAUCACUGCCCCAUUGCGGGCACCAGGGGCCAGGGCCUCCUCCCUCAGGCCCCCCGUCUUGCCUCAGCUGAGGUGACUAGCCAUCGGGAGAAGCACCUAGAAGCCUCAGGCCACUUGCAGUCAAGGCAAGGGAGGUCCUGGGGUCAGUGGGCUUGGUCCCUCCCCUGGGCAGCCCCCUGUGGCUCUGAAUGCCCAUGCUUGCCCAGCCGCCAGCCAUGCCAAGGACAACAGCAAUAGUCCCCUGGGCUCUCCCAGGGCCCUCAGCCAUAGAUGGUGAGACGGGCAGCCUUCCCCAAAACCUCACUCAAGUCUGCUUUUUGCCUCCCUCGAGAUUCCCUUUGGCUCAUUCUCUUGAGGAAGCCCCACUUUUACAGAAAGUAAGAGAGGAAGGUCAAAGUCCUUUAAAAAUACCAAAAAAAUGUUUACAGUGUCAGGUGCUGAGCUGCAGGGCUCAGGCCUGGCCAUUCGUAACCAAAGGGUGAGGCAGACCUUGCUGACUGCCACCCACCCCAGGCCUGUUAGAAUAGAAGCCUUAGUCAGUCCCUCCCCGUCCCCAGUCCCCAGGACUGAGCCUUGAUGCCACCCAACACCAACCACCUGCCUUCUCUUAGAUUUCUGAAGAAGGAUUCAGCAAAGCCCAUCCCCUUCCUGGCUCUGUGUGAGCUAGCCACCAUUCUACCCUGUUUUACCUUCACAUCUCAGACACCUCCCAUCUUUGUCCUUGUACUGUCUGUUCCUCUGGACCAUUGUGUGAACUGUCCUGACCCCCCAUGCUGUCCCUGCAUCGUCUGGCCUGAGUGUGCUCUCUGUAUACUGUGUCACAGUCUGUUACACCAAUUAAAGAAGCAGGAGGCUUC